GACUGAAGGAGUCUCUCUGAGAAACUGGGACAACAUGUCUCAUGGUUUUCAUUUCACAAUCCAUUAAUGGAGAAAAUAAUCAGCAGAUUGAUCCAGAAUGAAAAGAAUCAUCAGCUGCAGUCUGAAACUGAUCAGUUCAACCUCAACAACUACAGCAGCAGCAUCCUGCUGUACUUUAAAGAGGAGGAAGAAUACUCUGAUCACAGGGGACAUUUUACUGCAUUUAGGAUCUGAUGCUUGCUGCGUCAUCCGCCUGUCUGGACCUCUCAAGCAGCAGUAUGCUAAGGAACACAAUCUGGACCUGGACCAGCUGUUGGGUCCUGGUCUUUAUAAGGAGCAGUAUCGGGCCGAUAUGAUUCGCUGGGGAGAAACUCGCCGCAGCCAGGACCCUGGGUUCUUCUGUCGCCUAGCAACCAGAGGAGCAAGGCAACCUGUCUGGAUGGUGAGUGAUGCACGGCGGCUGUCAGACCUGCAGUGGUUCUGGUCAGAGUUUCCUCGACAGACUCAAACUGUCAGAGUUCAAAGUUCAGAAAAAACACGGCAACAGAGGGGGUGGAUCUUCACUGCAGGUGUGGACGAUGCGGAGUCAGAGUGCGGGUUGGACAGUGGGGUUGAAUUUGAUUGGCUCAUCACUAAUGAGGCUGACGCCCCCUCGUUGGAAGAGCAGCUGCAACCAAUCCUGAAGCUGGUGGAGGAAGCAGCUGAUAAUCACUGAUCGAUAACGGAUGAAUGUUCAGUAACAGCAGGACUGUAGAGCUGAUCACUGUCUUCUCUCUGUGAUCAAUAAAGUUUUUCUAGAAACUCAA